ACGAUCGCUCCCACAGACUUCCUCCUGACCCUGCUUGCACACAGUGUGGGCCUGAAACGAGAGCCAAGCCGAGCGGGGAAGAGGACGCAACGCGGCGAGCCCGCCAGCCGCGCUCCCACCAACCCCGCGAGCCGUCGUGAUGCGCAGGCGCCAGGCCGGACGCUAGGACCCGGCAGCCGCGCCGGCCCGCCCGUCGGCCUUAAGGAAGUCUCGCGGUGUUUGCAUUUGAACCUCGGGCGGGUACCGACCAUGGCAGCCUCAGUGCCGCUACCCCGGAAUCGGCUCUUCCGAACGUACGGGAAUGUGGGCGGCGGGAGGCCGCGGCGGCGGCCGGACCGGGCAGCGGCGCAGUGGUUCCCGCCGCAAGACCGGAAGCGUUUUUUCAGCAGCAGCAGCAGCGACGCCAGCAGCGGCGGCCCCUCGGGGUCUAUAACUUCCGACGAUCCCGACGAUCCCGACGACCCUGACUUCCUCGGCCUUCCGGCGGGUCCGCGGCGCAGGCGCCCGGGCGGCAGAGCCUCCAAGGACCAGCCGAGUCUGAUCGCGACCCCCCGACGCCUCAGGCUGCGAGCCCGGCCCCCGCAGAAGUGCAGCACCCCCUGCGGCCCGCUCCGCCCGCCGCCCUUCCCGAGCGACGACCCAGGCCGCCCCAGCCCGGACCUCAGUGCGUGCGGCCAGCCCGACGACGGCGGCGAGCUGGGCACCAGUGCCUCCCUUUUCAGCAGUCCGGUCUCUCCCGGCCCCGGCCCCCCAUCCCCGGGAGACAGUGUCCUCUGCACCGGACCCUCCGCCUCUUUGGAUGUGGCCUCUGAAGUCCCGGGCGGCUUGCACCUCCCAGCAGCUUCCCUGGACACACCACCCCUCCACGGCUUCCAGGAGGCAGCAAGAGGAGGCAGGUUCACCAGGUUGGCCCACCAAGCCCGUGCGAGCGUCAGGUCAGCUCUCUUUAAUAUUAUGGACUUUGGAAACUCUGAAGAUUCUGAGUUUGGAGCAGAUGGGAGGAAUAUGAGGGGGUCUUGCUGUGAAAAGGAGCAGACAAGGGGGAGUCUGGAGAGGCCAGGUUUAUCAAACAUGGGUAAGAAGAGGGCCACAGGCCACGACUCCUGUCAGGAGGUGAGGUCUCCAGGGGCUGCCCAGAUGGACUGUGAGGAGGCUGACGGUUUCAGGAGCUGUAUUGUAUCUGGAGAAAUCAACAGGCCUGAGAGAACCAGGCCUAGGCGAAAAAGGAAACUUGAGGAAACAGUAGAAACCUCCCUUAUCCAUUGCCACCAGUUUAAGAGCCAAAAGAUGGAAAAAGACUCAUUCCUCACACAGGACCUGACUCACUUACAAAACUCCUGCUCUUGGACCAAAGCCAGGGCUUCCUUCAGUCUCCACAAGAAGAAGAUGGUGACUGCUGUGUCAGAAGUAUGCAGCAGCCACACCAUUGCCAGUUCUCUCUCUGGGUCCCUCAUAUCUGAAUGUUCAAGCCCUCCUGUUACGAACAGAACAAAUAGUGCUCUAUCUCCUUGGCACUACUCUUCCAUGUAUUUGCUAACCCCCUUAAAGACACUACAUGUCACAGACAAAAAAGCAUCUGAUGCUGCAAAGGUUUAUGGAGAAUGCAGUCAGGAAGGUCCUGUCCCCUUUAGCUAUUGCCUCUCCACAGAAAAACUUGAGUGUUGUCAGAAGAUUGGGGAAGGGGUGUUUGGUGAAGUGUUUCAAACAAUUGUUAACCACACACCUGUUGCCCUAAAAAUCAUUGCUAUUGAAGGACCAGAUCUAGUCAAUGGAGCCCAUCAGAAAACUUUUGAGGAAAUUCUGCCAGAGAUCAUCAUCUCCAAAGAGUUGAGCCUCUUGUCUAAUGAGGUAUACAACCGUACAGAAGGCUUUAUUGGUUUGAACUCCGUGCACUGUGUUCAAGGAUCUUACCCUCCCUUGCUCCUCAGAGCCUGGGACCAUUAUAACUCAACUAAAGGGUCUGCAAAUGACCGGCCUGACUUUUUUGAGGAAGACCAACUCUUCAUUGUACUGGAAUUUGAGUUUGGAGGGACUGAGUUAGAGCAAAUGAGAACAAAGUUGUCCUCCAUGGCUACUGCAAAGAGCAUUCUACACCAGAUCACUGCAUCCCUCGCAGUGGCAGAGGCAUCACUGCACUUUGAGCACCGAGACUUACAUUGGGGGAACGUGCUCUUAAAGAAAACCAGAGUCAAAGAGCUCCGCUACACCCUCAAUGGGAAGACAAGCACCAUCCCCACCUAUGGACUGCAAGUCAAUAUCAUUGACUACACCCUGUCACGGUUGGAGCGGGAUGGAAUUGUGGUGUUCUGUGACAUUUCCAUGGAUGAGGACCUAUUUACAGGUGAAGGUGACUACCAGUUUGAGAUCUACAGGCUAAUGAGGAAGGAGAACAACAACUGCUGGGGUGAAUAUCAUCCUUAUAAUAAUGUGCUCUGGCUCCAUUACCUCACAGAUAAGAUUCUGAAACAGAUGACCUUCAAGGUUAAAUGUAACACCCCUGCCAUGAAACAAAUGAAGAGAAAGAUCCAGCAUUUCUAUAGGACAAUGCUGAACUUCAGCUCUGCCACUGACUUGCUUUACCAACACAGACUCUUCAAGUAAGCUGGAGGUGCCCUACUGCCCAGACAGAGGGUACUGGUCUUAAAACCUCUGAUGCUAUUAUUUUCAGUCUCCAUUCCCAGAGCAAAGUGGAAUUCCCAUUCUGAAUGUUUCUGGGAAUUAACAAAUGUUCUUUAAAAAUAAACUAUGCAUGGGAACAAAUAAUUACAAUUUAUAAGCCUUCUUUUUGUCAACAGAGUCCAUUCUAUAAAUGCCUUUUUAUAUAUAUUAAUUUUUUUACCUUGACAUUUCAUGUAUCCUGAGCAAAAAGAAAAACAAAAUAUUCAGGAAAGCCAAAGGCCUCAACUUUCAUACUGAUCAGAACCUGUUGCUGUAGGUAUCAUAAGGGAAACAUACUACAGAUGGAGAGUCAGCUGAGGGCGAAGAGGCUAUAGCAAACCAGAGACAGAGACAGACUGGAGGGAGGAAAGGAAGAUGGUAAAUUUAUAGGGAGAAGUUCAAGAAACAGCUCCUGUUUAUCAAGCUUAUUUGCCAAUCACAAAGAGAAGCAAAAUUUAUCAGUUUUUCAAAGGGCAAAUGAAUGUCUCCAUGGGUAUUAAGAAGGUUUGAAUUUUUGCUAAUUUUUUAUCGAGGGAAGGAAAAUAAGUGUUGCUUUAAGAGCUGAAUGGUUGAUAUUUCUUGUGAAGAUGAUUUUGGCAAUUUACUCCUAAUGUGUUCCCAGGUUAACUAGACUUAGUUUUACUCCUUUUCUAGAACUCUGGUUUUAUACCUUUGAGAAUCCACAGUCACUCUGGAAAGAUGUGAUCAUG